GCGCUGUGCCAUGCCGCUGUCAUGCUUUCAGCUGCCCGACUCCCUGGAGGAGCUGCAUGAAGAGGUGGAGGAGCGCACUGGGCAGGCGAACCGCAUUGUGUGCCCCAACCCCCACGUGCUGCAGCAGUUCCAGGAGCGCCAGGAGCAGAUCCGCAGCAUGCAGGGCAAGGUGGAGAGCGAGAGCCAGCGGCUGGAGGAGCUCAAGGCGGAGGUAGAGAGGGUGCAGGGCCAGUGGCUGCCGCGCCUUCGCUCAUUGGUCGUGCGCAUCAACGAGGCCUUCUCAAGAAACUUCCAGGAAAUGGCUGUCGCUGGCGAGGUGGCUCUAGAUGAGAAGGGGGCUGACUUCCGCUCAUACGGCAUUCGAAUCCGAGUCAAGUUCAGGGAGAGUGCGGAGCUGCAGGACCUCAGUGCUCACCACCAGUCAGGAGGGGAGCGCUCUGUGUCCACCAUUCUCUACCUCGUAUCGCUGCAAGACCUCACCCGGUGCCCCUUCCGCGUGGUGGACGAGAUCAACCAGGGCAUGGACCCCACCAACGAGCGCAACAUGUUUCAGCAGCUGGUUAGGGCGGCCACUCAUGACCACACGCCGCAGUGCUUCCUGCUGACCCCUAAGCUCCUUCCGGACCUCGACUAUGGCGAGUCGUGCACGGUGCACUGCGUGAUGAAUGGCCUGCAUGCAGCCCCACUGGCUGCCACUAACGGGUUCAAGGAGGGCGGACCUCUAUGGGACUCACUGCAAGAGAGUGCUGCUGCCACUUAGCACAUUGACAAUUCCUGUAUUGUAUGAAGGCGCACGACACAACUCCCUAUUCCGUACUCUUCCAUGUAGCAAGUUGCUGUAUAUGUUCUGGUCCAUUAUGUUCAGUUGGCUAGAGAAACUAGGAUAGCCUCUUAGCUAGUUCCAUAUCAGUGCAGUUGAUUUGUUUUUCAUAUUUCUUAUAUUUCCAAUGGUUCAAAACGGUGACGGCAUGU